AUGUUCUUAGAAGCUAACAUACCUAUCGCAGGCUCCGCGUCGCUCACAGAUCAGCGCGAUUGGGCGGGAACGGCGGUCGCGCUGGGAUACCAUGGCGUCGCAUUCAACGUCUUUAAGGGGCCCAACGAGAAGGUCGAGCCGCGCGAGCGGUGCGGCGUGAAGGCGGUUCCGAUGGACACUCUGCAGGCGACUCGCGAGAGAGUGCGGCUCGCGCUGAAAGGAGCACAGCCCCUUUUAGAUGACGCCCCCUCGUUCACCCAGCUCGUGCGCGUGACAGCAGCGGUGGACGAGGGUGGCCCUGACGUGAUAGCAGAGCGCCUGCCUACGGUGGUGGGGAUUGGAUACGACUUGGCGGCCGUGCAGCCACUGAACGGUGACAGUUUCCUCUCAGCCUGCUUCAACAGCAAGGUGGGUGGGUCUGGGUCAGCGGUGGAGGAGGGCGGCCCUGAGGUGAUAGCAGGUCGCCUGCCCACGGUGGUGGGGAUUGGAUACGACUUGGCGGCCGUGCAGCCACUGAACAACGACAGCUUCCUCUCAGCCUGCUUCAACAGCAAGGUGUGUGUGUCUGUGCGUCAGGGUGUGAAGCUAACUAGCAGAGCGCCUGCCCACGGUGGUGAGGAUCGGAUAUAA